CGGGUCACUGCCAAGUGUAUGAGGUCCUUCGCCUUAGUCUCCGCUCAAAGGCCAUGUCGCUUAACCCAGCCGGGUCACAGGAUAUUUUCAAAGGAGCCGAAGGGUCCAUGAGUUUCUCAGUGGGGUAUUACGAGCGUCAAGCUGAGCGUGUUCGGCCCUUGUUCCGAGGAGUUCAAGUCUGAAGAUUUCCUUCCUGUUCUGUGAGGUGGACGGCUGUUAGUCUCUGAGUCUCGGGUCUGAAAUUAACCCCAUCUCUAGCCCAAGGAUUAAUGGCCUUCGAUUUGUAGUGAUAGUAAUCUACACAUUACUGUAACUUGCAAGCCACAGGCCUCCCCAACCUGCCCGUGUGGCCAGUACAGCUGUCACAUUGUUUUAGCUGAAUGGUUCAGUUUUUCUCGUGGUUCUUUUGUAUUUGCUGACGCCAAAGGGCAUCAUUUCUCGAUUCUCCAAGGAGAUGAUGAACACCUUGGGUCUGUUCCUCAUCUUGCUUCUGACAGCUGGAUUUUGAAAGUAUCUUCAGGACGUCAUUGCUAUGUUGUUAGUUCUAGAAGAUGGCGAAGUUCAUGACACCUGUGAUCCAGGACAACCCCUCAGGCUGGGGUCCCUGUGCAAUUCCCGAGCAGUUUCGGGAUAUGCCCUACCAGCCAUUCAGCAAAGGAGACCGGCUAGGAAAGGUUGCAGACUGGACAGGUGCCACGUACCAGGAUAAGAGGUACACAAAUAAGUACUCCUCUCAGUUUGGUGGUGGAAGUCAGUACGCUUAUUUCCAUGAGGAGGAUGAAACCAGCUUCCAGCUGGUGGAUACAGCACGCACACAGAAGACUGCCUACCAGCGGAACCGGAUGCGGUUUGCACAGCGGAACCUCCGUAGAGACAAAGAUCGGCGGAACAUGAUACAAUUCAACCUGCAAACCCUGCCUAAGAGUGCCAAGCAGAAAGAGAGAGAACGCAUACGACUGCAGAAGAAAUUCCAGAAGCAAUUUGGAGUGAGGCAGAAAUGGGACCAAAAGUCACAGAAACCCCGAGACUCUUCAGUUGAAGUUCGUAGUGACUGGGAGGUGAAAGAGGAAAUGGAUUUUCCUCAGUUAAUGAAGAUGCGCUACUUGGAAGUAUCAGAGCCACAGGACAUCGAGUGUUGCGGGGCCCUGGAAUACUAUGACAAAGCGUUUGACCGUGUCACCACAAGGAGUGAGAAGCCACUGCGGAGCAUCAAGCGCAUCUUCCACACGGUCACGACCACUGACGACCCUGUCAUCCGGAAGCUGGCAAAAACUCAGGGGAAUGUGUUUGCCACUGAUGCCAUCCUGGCCACACUGAUGAGCUGCACGCGCUCAGUGUACUCCUGGGACAUCGUAGUCCAGAGAGUCGGGUCCAAGCUGUUCUUUGAUAAGAGAGACAACUCCGACUUUGACCUCCUGACAGUGAGUGAGACGGCCAAUGAGCCCCCUCAAGAUGAAGGUAAUUCCUUCAACUCACCCCGAAACCUGGCUAUGGAGGCAACCUACAUCAACCAUAAUUUCUCCCAGCAGUGUUUGAGGAUGGGGAAGGAAAGAUACAACUUCCCCAACCCAAACCCGUUCGUGGAGGAUGACAUGGAUAAGAACGAAAUCGCCUCUGUCGCUUACCGUUACCGCAGGUGGAAGCUUGGCGAUGACAUUGACCUUAUUGUCCGCUGUGAGCAUGAUGGCGUCAUGACUGGAGCCAAUGGGGAAGUGUCCUUCAUCAACAUCAAGACACUCAACGAGUGGGACUCCAGGCACUGUAAUGGCGUUGACUGGAGACAGAAGCUAGACUCGCAGCGUGGAGCCGUCAUUGCCACUGAGCUCAAGAACAACAGCUACAAGCUGGCUCGGUGGACCUGCUGUGCUCUGCUGGCCGGGUCCGAGUACCUCAAGCUUGGUUAUGUGUCCCGGUACCAUGUGAAGGACUCCUCACGCCAUGUUAUCCUGGGCACCCAGCAGUUCAAGCCCAAUGAGUUUGCCAGCCAGAUCAACCUGAGCGUGGAGAACGCCUGGGGCAUCCUGCGCUGCGUCAUCGACAUCUGCAUGAAGCUGGAGGAGGGCAAGUACCUCAUCCUCAAAGACCCGAACAAGCAGGUCAUCCGUGUCUACAGCCUGCCCGAUGGCACCUUCAGCUCUGAUGAAGAUGACGAGGAUGAGGAAGAGGAGGAGGAGGAGGAGGAAGAGGAAGAAACUUAAACUAGACUGAUGUGGAACCAGAAUUUAUCAUUCUACCAGUCCUGGGAGGGCCCUUGAUACCUACAGGAGAGUCCAUCUGUCUCCUGCUCUCUGCCAGUUGGCAGAUGGAAUAAAGAUGAAGUCUGCUUA